GAGCUGGCGGUGCGGCCGGGCUCAUAAACAUGCUCGUCUGGCGCCCCCGAUCUGACCCUGACCUGACCCUGACCCUGACCCCCCUCCUCCCCUCCUGGGUUCAGCCGUGACCAUGCAGAUGAAGACUCCCAUGCCCGGCGUCUGCCUCCCCCGACACGUUCGCCGGGUGGUUCCGGUGUUUCUGGCCGUCUUUUGUCUGGUCUUCUAUCUCUCCAUUACCGGCACCUUUGGGGAGCUGCGCGGUGGCCUGCCGCGGACCCCCAGCAAGUGCAAAUUCUUUCCCCGCAAGAUCUGGCAGUCGUGGAAGGUCAAUCCGUUUGAGUUUGAAGAGCGCGACUUGACCGUGGCCCGGAGCUGGACCUCCAUCAACCCGGGCUACCGCUACGAGGUGCUCACCGACCAGAACGACCUGCACUACGUCGAGACGAAUUUCGGGCCCGAUGGCUUCAAUCGCCCGGAUAUCGUCGACACCUACCGCUCCCUCACGGCGAAAAUUAUCAAGGCCGACCUGCUCCGCUACCUCGUCAUGUACGUGGAUGGUGGCGUGUACGCCGACAUUGACGUCGAAGCCCUCCGGCCUUUAGAGCGGUUCAUCCCGGAGCGCUACGACGAACAAGACAUGGACCUGAUCAUCGGGGUGGAAAUCGACGAACCCGAUUUCAACGACCAUGCGAUUCUCGGCCAGAAGUCGCAGUCCUUCUGCCAGUGGACCUUCAUCAGCAAGCCCCGCCAGCCCGUGAUGAUGCGACUGGUGGACCACAUCCUCGAGUGGCUGCACGACCACUCCGUCAAGCAGGGCAAGCCCAUUUCUGACCUCGAGCUCGACUUUGACGACAUCAUCAGCGGCACCGGCCCAUCGGCCUUUACGGGCGCCGUCCUGGCGGAGAUGAGCUACCGGACCGGCCAAGAGGUGACGUGGAAAACCUUCCACGACAUUCCCGAGUCCAAGCUGGUGGGCGGGAUUCUGGUCCUCACCGUGGAGGCGUUUGCCGCCGGCCAGGGGCAUUCCGACUCGGGCAACCACAAUGCGCGCUCGGCGCUGGUGAAGCAUCACUACCAUGCGUCCGGGUGGCCGAACAACCACCCGCGAUACAACCACCCGGUGUACGGCGAGGUGGAGCAGUGCAAUUGGAACAAACAAUGUGUGGCGGAGUGGGAUGCCAACACGGCGGCCUUUGCGGCCAUGUCGCCGGAGGAACAGGCGCAGCAGAUCGCUAUGAAGCAGGCGUCGGAUGCGGAGGCCGCCGAGGCCGCGGCCCUGGCGGAUAUGAACGAGCUGGAUGAUUUGGACCUGGGGCUGUCCAUCGAGUGAAAAGCAUGACUAGAGAUAGUCUCGAUGAGACUGGGACAUGAUCUUAUGAGUCCCGUCGGAGUACCGGUUUGGGGGGGCUGUUAUUGAAUUAUGGUUAUGGCGUAUGAUGUAUGGUUAGAGAUGCAGCUGUUUACUUACCCGUCUGGUAGCAAUGAUGAUUGAAUCUCAUGGCGAUCAUGGUUUCUCCGAG